AUGGCUUCAUCUACGACUAUUACUAAUCCAAUCACAUUAUCAUCGAAUGAUAAAGAAAAAUUAGAUAAAUUAGUGAAAGAUUUAAGUAAAAUUGAAUGGGAAAAUGGCGAAUAUUAUUUUCAUAAUUUUGUUGAUUAUUAUCAAUUACCACAAAUAAUACGUGUUGAACAAACAUGGAAUACAAAUUUGAUUAAAAAUCAAUGGUUGUAUUUACAAGCAUUAUUUGAUCGUUAUUUAAU